AGAAAAUGUCUACACCUAACAUUGCAGCAAGAGUGGAAAGUUGGCUUUCAUCCAAAUGGCAUGUUAAAGUUCCUUUGACAUGGCUGGAAGCAUGUAUUAGUUGGAUCCAGGAAGAAAAUAAUGGUAGUAACUUAAGUCAAGCUCAAAUUAACAGUCAGGUAUUUGAGCAAUGGCUUCUUACUGAUUUAAGAGACUUGGAAUAUCCCAUUUUGCCUGACUGCAUCUUAGGUGCUCCUAAAGGAGAGUUGUCAGGCUUCUACUCCAUACAGAUUGAUUCACUGGUUGAUGUUAGCCAGCCAGCGUAUUCCCAGUUGCAGAAGCUAAGAGGGAAAAAUACUGUAAAUGAAGAAGUAACAGCCAGUACUCAAGCAUUGCAGAAGCCCUGGGAAGCAAAGCCAACUCGAAUGUUAAUGCUACAACUAACUGAUGGGAUACAUCAAAUUCAGGGCAUGGAGUAUCAACCAGUGCCCGUCCUCCACAGUCAUCUUCCUCCUGGAACAAAAAUCACCAUACAUGGUAAUAUUGCAUAUCGUCUUGGAGUCCUUCUGCUUAGACCAGAAAAUGUGAAACUGUUGGGGGGUGAAGUGGAUGCUCUUCUGGAGGAGUAUUCUCAGGAAAGAGUCCUUGCUAGAUUAAUUGGAGAAACUGAAAACCCUAAUCCUGUCCAACAAGCUGACCAUGACCACAUUGUUCCAAGGCCUGUGAAUGAGUUAGAACAAAGUCUAGACCCUUCAGAUGAAGAGCUUUUAGCUAGUCUUGAUGAAAAUAAUGAAUUUGCUUUAAACAAUGAAACAUCUUUAGAAAGUGGAUACUACAGUAGAAGCAACAAUUUUAGUACAGCCCGAGGUUCACUAACUGCACCCAAUGGAAAUGUAUUGCCACAGGAAUUGGGAAGUCCUUUGCCUGAUUCAGAUAAUCUAGUUUCACCUCCCAUAGAAUAUGCUGAUGGCUUUUUAAAUGACUUUCCUUCAGAAGAUGACUUUUUUCUGGAAGAAGAGAUGCAAAGGGAGCUUGAAGAAGUGCCACCAGUGGUCAUAAACAUAGGUUUGAUUACUGAGACACUUCCACAUACAUCUAGAAGUUCCUGCAAUUCAUCUUUAAAUGGCAUUUGCAAAAAAGAUGGUGUGAGUGAAAGUGAUAAGCCAGUAGAAGAUCUCAGCAAGCAAAAGACUUUUGGAAGAACAGUAUUUGAUGGUGAUGGAAAUAGUAUGAGUAGCUUUUUGCAGCACAAAAGCGUGUAUCAGACCUGCAGUUCUGCAGAUUUUAAUUUGGAAAAUCCUCCUGGAGAAAGGCAGAAUAAUACAGACCUAGAUGACAGCAGAUGUAAAUCCCAGCACGCUUCUGACAGCAGGCUGUUAAAUGAUGAUCCUGUAUUUUUCUCAAAAAUGUAUCCAGAAGCAGAUCAGCAGAAGCAUGAUUCACAGACCUCUCCUUGCAGAGCAGUAGAGGCACAUUUAGGUUUAGAUUCUCCACCUUUCACGUAUAUUUCUCUUCUCCUUGCAAAAAGACCAGAAACUAUUACAAUGCUGAAAGUUAAAUGUUUUAUUGUUACUCUCACUGGAAACCUCACAAGCAACAAUGGGUCCUGGGGUAUAAAGGCAAAAAUUUCUGAUGGUUCAGCUUAUCUAGAAGUAGAUUUUGCUGAUGAUAUUCUAACAAGUUUGAUUGGCUUUUCGGUGUCUGAGAUGAACAGUUUGAAAAAGGAUCCCACUUUACGUCUAAAACUUAAGGAUGGCUUAGAGAAAUGUCAAAAACAACUGGUAGAUCUCUGUUGUUUGAUGACUAUAGAGUUUAAUCCACUCCAGUCUAAAGCUACUGUGUUAAUUCUCCAGGAUGUUGAUGCAAGGCAUCUAGAACAAUUGAAGAAACGUUUGAAUAAAUAA